UAUGUUUAGCUCCCUAUAUCUGGCCUGGGGUAAUCAGAGAAGAAGUAAAAAAGGUAACCAAGAACUUAGCGUUUAUGAAAGCGGUGCUGUAUGUAGUGUUGUAUUUUGGAGAAAGGAAAACAAUGCAAAAGAUCUAUAAUGGGCUCCAUUUCUGGGACGUAAUUACCGGCAACAACCGUUAGGGGGCGUUAACCACACACCGGAUCCUUCUUCCCGUUAGACCCGUCAAAGCUGCAAUAUCCGAGCCCUAACAUUGCGAAGAUGGAGGCUGUUAUGGUUUAGGGGCGCUACACGGAAAGCACAGACAGCGAGUUUCUGAGGCCUGUUAUGACGACGUCCCCAGCUGGUCCAGGCGGGAGGCAGGAGGUGUGAGCCAAGCGGACCAGACGCCAGCAGCAUGUACUCCGAGUGGCGCUCGCUGCAGCUGGUGGUGCAGAGCGACCAGGGUCACCUCAGCGUCCUGCACACCUACCCUCCCAGUGUGGGCACAGAGGUGGCAAAUGCAGUAGUCAAGCCUCUGGGCACAGCAGUGAGCCCUGUGGCCUCAGAAAACAUCCUCAAAUCAGACAAAGAGGUGAAGUGGACCAUGGAGGUGCUGUGUUAUGGCCUGACCCUGCCCUUAGAAGGUGACACUGUCAAACUGUGUGUGGACGUGUACACAGACUGGAUGAUGGCACUGGUGUCACCCAGGGACUCCAUGCCCCAGCCUGUGGUGAAGGAACCCAAUAUGUACGUCCAGACCAUCCUGCGUCAUCUCUACAACGUAUUUGUGCCAAGGCCUGAGCAGCACAGUCUGAACCACAUCAGGCUCUGCCAGCAGGUUCUGACGGCAGUCCAAAAGCUGGCACGAGAGUCUGUCUCCAUGGUGAGGGAAACCUGGGAGGUGCUGCUGCUCUUCCUGCUACGCAUCAACGACACCUUGCUUGCUCCUCCAUCGGUUGGCGUGGGCGUAGCAGAGAAACUGGCAGAUAAGCUGAUGGCAGUUCUGUUUGAGGUGUGGCUUCUCGCAUGCGCCCGCUGCUUUCCCACGCCGCCAUAUUGGAAGACCGCAAGGGAAAUGCUGUCCAACUGGAGACAUCAUCCUCCUGUUGUAGAGCAGUGGAGCAGAGUAGCUUGCGCUCUGACUUCAAGGCUGCUGCGCUUUACUCACGGACCGUCCUUCCCACCUUUUAAAGUCUCAGAUGAAGAUGCCAACUUGAUUCCAGUAGAGAUGGACAACGACUGUGUGGCACAGACGUGGUAUCGCUUUCUCCACAUGAUCGGUAACCCAGUGGAUUUGAGCAACCCAGCCAUAGUGAGCACCACUCCAAAGUUUCAAGAGCAGUUUUUGAUCUCCAGUGGGAUUCCUCAUGAAGUAGUUCUGCACCCGUGUUUGAAACAGCUACCCCAGAUCUUUUUCAGGGCCAUGAGGGGCAUCAGCUGUCUCGUGGAUGCAUUCCUAGGUAUAUCACGACCCCGGGCGGACAGUGCCCCGCCCACCCCAGUGAACAGAUUGAGUAUGUCUCCGCCCCCCUCCGUUGCCAACACUACACCACCACACAGCCGCAAACAGCGGCAUGCGGUGGUCACGAAAACCACCAGCAAGAGCUCAACUAGCAGCAGCCAGCCAGCCAAAGCGUCCCAGCAGCAGCAGCCGUCAUCCUCCCCCACCCUUCUGUCCAGCCCCAACCAGAGCAGCUGGGAGGCCCGGCCCCUGCCGGCCCCGGCGAGGCCAAAGGUCAACAGCAUCCUCAACCUGUUUGGCCAGUGGCUUUUCGACGCUGCUCUUGUUCACUGCAAGCUGCACAGCGGCCUGAGCCGGGAUCCCAGCAUGACUGCCUCUUUUAUCCAAAUUCUCCUUUCUUAUAAAUCUUCGAUAGCCACUCAGAUGGGCCUGGAGCUGAGGAGGAAGGGUUCCCAGAUGUCCACCGACUCCAUGGUGCCCAACCCGCUGUUCGACAUCAACGAGUUCCCCGAGAGCUAUGAGACAGGACGAGCUGAGGCCUGCGGGACGCUCUGCCGCAUCUUUUGUAGCAAAAAAACCGGAGAGGAUAUUCUUCCUGUUUACCUGUCGAGGUUCUACAUGGUUCUGAUUCAGGGUCUCCAGAUUUCUGAUUUCAUCUGUAGACCCGUUCUGGCUUCUAUCAUCCUCAACUCUUCAUCUCUUUUCUGUACUGACCUGAAGGGCAUCAAUGUGGUGGUGCCCUAUUUCAUUGCUGCUCUGGAGACUAUUGUGCCAGACAGGGAGCUGUCAAAAUUCAAAAUGUAUGUAAAUCCUACAGACUUGAGGAGGGCUUCCAUUAAUAUCCUUCUUGCAAUGCUGCCUCUGCCACAUCACUUUGGCAACAUCAAAUCUGAGGUUCUGUUGGAGGGAAAGUUCAACGAGGAGGACGGCUGGCCUCAUGACCAGCCCGUCUCCUUCCUGUCUCUGAGGCUGCGUCUCGUUAACGUCCUCAUCGGAGCUCUGCAGACCGAGACCGAUCCCACCAACACGCAACUAAUCCUCGGUGCGAUGCUAAACAUCGUCCAAGACUCUGCRCUGCUGGAGGCCAUAGGAGCCCAGACUGAAACGGGCAGCAUAGAUGGAAGCCAUGUGACGCUGAGAAGUCAGAGUCACAGUCGCACCAACAGUGGCAUCAGCUUUAACAGCGGCGGCAGCACAGAGGCCACCAGCCCAGACUGUGAGCGUCCGGCGCAAGCGCUGCUCCGAGACUACGCUCUUCCAGAUACGGCUGCAGGCCUGCUGGUGCGCAGCAUCCACCUGGUCACACAGAGGCUCAAUUCUCAGUGGAGACAAGACAUGAGCAUUUCUCUGGCUGCCCUGGAGCUGCUGGCGGGACUGGCCAAGGUGAAGGUGGGAGUGGACUCUUCGGAGCGUAAACGUGCUGUCAGCUCCAUCUGCGGCUACAUUGUGUACCAGUGCAGCCGGCCGGCCCCUCUGCAGUCCAGAGACCUUCACUCCAUGAUUGUAGCUGCCUUCCAGUUUCUCUGCGUGUGGCUCACAGAGCACCCCGGCAUGUUGGAUGAGAAGGAUUGUUUGAUGGAAGUGUUGGAGAUCGUGGAACUGGGAAUCUCUGGGAGCAAGUCUCGCCAUGAGCAGGAAGUGCGUCACAAAGCGGAGAAGGAGCACAAUCCAGCUUCAAUGAGGGUGAAGGACGCCGCUGAGGCCACGUUGUCAUGCAUCAUGCAGGUGUUGGGGGCUUUCCCUUCUCCGAGCGGACCUGCAUCCACCUGCAGCCUGCUGAACGAAGACACUCUGAUACGUUACGCCAGACUGAGUGCCACAGGAGCCACUAACUUCCGCUACUUUGUCCUGGACAACUCUGUGAUCCUUGCCAUGCUGGAGCAACCUCUCGGCAAUGAGCAGAAUCCCAGUCCGUCUGUGACCGUUUUGAUCCGAGGAACAGCAGGACGACACGCCUGGACGAUGCAGCUCUUCCAUCAGCCAAGAGGGGCUCGUGCCAAUCAGAGGAUGUUUGUUCCUGAGAGCCGCCCAACGCCAAAUGACGAUGUGGGCAUCAAGUACAACGUGAAGCAGAGGCCUUUUCCAGAGGAGGUGGAUAAGAUCCCUCUGGUCAAAGCCGAUGUCAGCAUUCCAGACCUGGAUGACAUCGUCAGUAAGGAGGUGGGUUGUUUGGGCUAUGAGGAUGAUUCAGCAGCCACAAGUUCACUGAUGUGUAAAUACCUGGAAAUUCAGCACAGCAAGCUUCGCAGUCUGAUGGCCAAGCAGAUAGACUAUGAGAACACUUUGGAGCGGCGCAGCGAGGAGCUCUUAAAGUCCAAGACCUUCCCAGACCCUCAGACGGAGUGCAAACCUCCUCUGCCCUCGCAGGAGUUCCAGACAGCACGCCUCUUCCUCUCUCACUUCGGUUUUCUGUCUCUGGAAGCCCUAAAGGAACCCAACAACAGCCGUCUACCUCCUCAUCUGAUCGGCCUGGACUCGUCCUUGCCGGGUUUUUUUGAUGACGUCAGCUAUCUGGAUCUGUUGCCCUGCCGACCGUUUGACACUGUCUUUAUUUUCUACGUGAGAGCGGGACAGAAAAGCAGCUCUGAGAUUUUGAGAAAUGUGGAGUCGUCAGCUACUGUCCAGCCCCACUUCCUGGAGUUCUUGUUGUCUCUGGGCUGGCCUGUGGAUGUGGGCCACCAUCCGGGGUGGACAGGCCAUCUGGACACCAGCUGGUCCCUGAACUCCUGCUUUGACAGCACUGAUCUUCAGACAGAGGAAGCAGCGAGCCCCGAGGACACGGGAGGUUCUGUGUUCAACGGAGAGAAGAAAGUUUUGUACUACGCUGAUGGUCUCACAGAGAUCGCCUUUGUUGUUCCCUCUUUAACAGAAAAUUCAGAGGAGUCGUCUGUGCACAGUGACUCCACAGUGGAGGCAGACACCAACACAGACCUCAUUCCUGGAAAGCAAUCUAAUCUCACACUGGAACUGUUCCCCAACCACUCUGAGAGCCUUGAGUCCGCUAAAAAGCUGAGUCCUUUGGUGAAGACAAAGAGAUCAUCGACCGGAAAGUCUUACCCCCAGCUGGGCCCUGAGACCAAAGUGUUUGUGGUCUGGGUGGAGCGCUUUGAUGAUAUCGAGAACUUCCCGUUGUCUGAUCUGUUGGCGGAAACCAGCACAGGCCUGGAGGCCAGCAUGAGCAACAGCACUUCCUGCAGGUCAGGGCUGUUGGAAAAGGACGUUCCUCUGAUCUUCAUUCACCCAUUGAAGACAGGACUCUUCCGGAUCGGGCUGCACGGCGCUGUGGGCAAAUUUGGCAUGGUGAUCCCCCUGGUGGAUGGCAUGGUGGUCAGCCGCCGGGCUCUAGGGUUUCUCGUGCGUCAGACGGUGAUCAACGUGUGCCGACGGAAGCGCCUGGAGAGUGACUUGUACAACCCGCCGCAUGUAAGGCGAAAACAGAAAAUCACUGAAAUUGUGCAGCGCUACCGCAACAAACAACUGGAGCCUGAGUUCUACACCUCCCUCUUCCACGAGGUUGGAGAUGGAAAGCCUCACCUCUAACCCCGCUCCCCCCAUCCUGUCCUAACACUGGCUCACACACACACUCUUACCCUGAACCUCUACACAACAUACAGCUGCGGUCACACAUCCAUCCACAAACACACACACACAAAAUCUUUAUAUUUAUACUGUACUAUUUUGUUAUUUAUAUGAAUACAUAUAUCAACACUGUUUGCCUUUGACUCUGAGAUCAAAGUGUCAGAAACCAUGCCAAGGUGAGGGAGAAACACCAACAUUUCUGUAUUCCAGCCGCCCACCCCGGCUCUGAAUGAUGGAGAGUCUAAUAGUCACCGUCUCUGUUCGUGUUUAGGUUCAGGCUUUGCAACAAAGUAAAGGUUUGCUUGGUCUUUAAUGCAAUACGUCACUAACAAUGUUGGCCUUUCUGAACUUGUAAAAAACGUUCUUUACACCUUUGCAAUUACUACAUGAUUUUAUGGGGUUUAGUAACAUGAAAUUGUGCUCAAAUCUGUUUUUUGUCAUCAAUCAAAGCAGAUGUCUGUUUGGACUUUUGCCAAGGAUUAAAACGUUAAAUCGACAUGACCGUGUUUUUGCAAGACAAAGGUUGACCCAUAAUCUCAUCUCACCACUAACUAUCCACAUCUUAUUUCUUGCUAGCGCCAGCUACAGUCUUCCUUGUGCAAACCUCACGUUUGGCCUUUGGUCUGUCCGUCAGUUUUCUCCCAUUUUCUUGUGAUGCUUUACUGAGUGCGAAUGUCAUUUUUGAUGCCCUCUGUGCUUCAUGCAUGGCUCUCCUGUCACACAGCUGUGUGUGUGUGUGUGUGYGUGCGUGCGUGCGUGGCCAAUUCUUUUUGCUCGUUCAGCUAGUCAGUCGACUCUACAUGAGGUCAGGGAGCUUUUAAGAGUUCUGAACGUGGCAUUAAAAACUGAAAGUUGUCACUUUAAAUUAAUGAAAUCUCAAGACUACACUUUUUUUUAUUAUUAUUUCUUUUUUUUUCUUCCUUCUUCAGAAUCUGUCAACAAAAUGCCAUUAGUUUCUCAGUAGUGCUGAAGUUUACUGAUAGAGCUCCUGGGUUUGGCCUUGAUGUUUGCAGGGCUAAGCUUAGACCAACUCAGAUCUGGUUUAGGUGUGAAGCUGCUGCAGAUACCAAACUGAAACAUUGCACAGUGUGUCUCUUCUAAACGACAUCCGAAUGAUGGUUUCUCCGGCCAAAGUGCUCGCCGUAGCUCACAGUGUGAUGGUGAACAGUGCACACAUCUUGAGUCAGCCUAUGUGUGUAAAGGCUUAAGAUYUCUGCACCAUGCUGUAUAAACUUGGUCAGAUUUGCUGAUUUAAGCUGUAUUUCUUUGAAAACCAUUAAAAAAAAAAUCUAAUUUCUGUUAAGUUUGAAGUUUGGCCUACACAAACGUACGUCAAACCUUAAAUUUUAGCUUUAUGUUUCACUCAUAUUUUUUCACUGUAUCUUGGUUUUGAUUAAUGCCCUUUGACUGUCUGCCUGUAAUAAUGUGACUUUUAUUUAUCACAGAGAUGGAACAGGGCAAAACACCUCUUGGUUUCUUUUUGAUAUAUAUUGGAAAGUCUUAAUGCACUGAGCACAUUUUAACUAUUUUUUGUUACCUUACAUGUCUUUUUGUACUUUUUUGCAUUUUGAAAGAAAAUCCCUGCUGAAGGAAGAGUUUUAUCUUGUGAAAUAUGAAUGAAGAGGCUUUGUGGAGUUUUUAACCUAUCAUGUCUAAUUGUGACUCACUUUUUAUGACAGUGCUGUAUGCACACGCCUUUUCUGGAAGGAAAGUUCAUUAAAUAUGCUUCAAAGAAACUGCAUACAAUCAGUCACAUGUUGUUCCUGUUACUCCUCUGUUGUUGGACUGUAUUUAAGGACUUUCUAUGUAUAGAAGUGGAAGAUUUGUAAAUAUAUGAUAGCCUAAGGCAUUCACAAGUUGUCUGUAGUGUUCCUCAGCUGAGGCGAUGGAGAAAAAAAAGUAUGUAAGUCUGCAGUUAUGUGUGGGAGGAACGUGAUGGGUUUGAAUGUAACAUGCAUCAAUUAAAACUAUUAUUGACCUUUUAA